AAAUUCUCCGGUGGCUGCGGACUGGCAGCUUUCGCGACUCAAGAUUGGAAAAGCGGCGUCGAGAUAGUUAUCGGAUUUUCCGCGCAUCCCGGCGGCGCUCCAAGCGAUGAGGCUGGGCACGACCAGUGCCUCGUGGACCACGGCGUCAACGACGUCGCAACGCUACACUGUCCGAACCGUGCCGGUUUUUCCGCAAGCAGCGGAAAAGCGCACGCCACCGACGCGUUCCACGAUACGUUUUGGGAAGUGCAUGGAAGUAGGCGCCAAGUUUAGUGUAACUUAAUUGGUUACUUGUGACGACUGAGAAAUUGUUUAUUAUUAUUAUUAUUAUUAUUUUUGUUGACAGUGAAAAGUGACAAAGUUUUUUUGUUUUUGGUGAUUAGUUUGAGCGAACUUUUAAAGUGCUAGCACUGUGGAUGGAACACCCUGGGAACUAAUGCCGCCAUAAUUUUUAAUUAAUACAUCGGUUUGUCAGCCAGAGGUAUAUACGGAUUUGCGCAUUUAUUUUACUGGGUGUUGACGCCCGGUACAAUCCAUUGCCUUUGGUGUUUAGCAGCUCAGUGUGCACUACAUUUAGUUUUAUAAUACUGUCACCAGCCAGGCUGGAUUUAAUGGUAUGUGAAAUCGAUGAAUUUAUAUACCCAUCCGCGAAAACAUUAGACCAACAUAUGAACUGAAUUUAGGUCUUCUACUUUAACUCCUGCGAUCAGGUCUGAACAAUGUGAAUCAUACCAGCGAAUUGGAAAUCUCUGGCUAAUCUAUUACCUUUAUAGUACACGGUCUCGCAUCAAUAUUUAAACGAAACUGUGCGAAAUUUCGUGGAGACAUGUCACAAGUGUUUCAAAGUCCUCGUGUCCGAUAUUUCCCUCUCGUCGUGGUGAACAAAGGUUAGACGUAAACGUUAUCAUCAUGGGAAUUGAAAAAUGGCCAUUGUUUUUGGUUAUUUUGACCAUCAGGGACGUUAUUGCCAUUGACUCUCCAGAGCCCGACGUAGACGUUGGAGAGGACUUAAACGAGCUGGGGGCUUCCUUCCCGCCGCUGGAGAGUCCUCCAGUGCGUUUCGCCACUGAAAACAGCACGGUCAUAACGUCACAAACCGGGUCAACUGCUCUGGUACCAUGUGUCAUCAAUAACAUUGGAGACGGCAUGGUCACCUGGAUUCGCCGAAAAGAUUAUCACUUACUUACAGUUGGUUUAACAACGUACAGUAGCGACGAGAGAUUUCAAGCCAUUCAUCUUCAACAUUCCGAGGACUGGACAUUGCAAAUCAAGUACGUACAGCAGAGAGACGCCGGCCUGUACGAGUGCCAAGUGUCCUCACAUCCACCCACCAGCAUCUUUAUCCAGCUCAAUGUGGUCGAGGCAAGGGCCGAAAUUCAGGGCCCUUCAGAAAAAUACCUCAAGCCCGGAUCCGGUUUGAGGCUGACUUGUACGGUUGUACAGAGCACCGAACCUCCGAGCUACGUGUUUUGGUACCACAACAAUCGCAUGAUUAACUAUGACACUGAUCGAGGGAUUAACGUUACCACCGAACUGACCGAGAAAACCAGCACUUUAACCAUCACCAGUGCUGCCACAAGGCACUCCGGGAAUUACUCAUGCGUACCAAGCAAUGCAGAACCAGCCAGCACCUAUGUACACAUAUUAAAUGGUGAAAAUCCAGCAGCAAUGCAACAUGGAGGAAGAGGUUUAUCCUGGCUCCAAUGCAGUCCAUCGUCCUGGUUACUCCUCUUCUCGAUCGUGAUCAUGAUGUGCUAAUUUAUUCAUUCACAUAAUAAUGACAGUUGUUUAAUUAUUUGAAAUUUAAUUAGUGAAGACGGCGUAAUAUCUUACGAUAGUACGAAGAAGGAUUAAAGUGCGAAACGAUUGUCUUGUGUUAAAUAUCAUCCAGUAAGGACUUUUAUCAAAUGUGAAAGUUACUACAUUUAUAGAGUAUGUGUCCAAUUGUCCAAUUUCAUGUGUGAGAUUUGAAAAUAAAGUCUGAACAUAAAUUGUAAAAAGUUAAAAUUACUCAAACUCUUUCCAAUCAAUAUAUUAUCAAAUACAAACUAUUAAAAGUUCCAUUAUAAUUGAAUAUUAAAAUUUACAUAUACUAAAUUAACAAUCAUUGAAAUUUAAAAUAAUAAAGUAAAUUUAUAUAAAUGUCAAAUUCAAAGGUAUUAAGUUUAAAAAUAAUCGUGGACUAAAAUAAUCCUUUUAAAUCAAUUGUGAACAAAAAUGAGUGAAAAAAUAGAUAUUAAACUUGCAUUUUCCGAUUUAAAAUCUAAUAUUUUUGUUGUAUCUAUUAAAAUAAGCGGAAAACCAGGGUCAACUUAAGCAUCAAAUUUGUUAAUGAAUUUUGAUAAAUUCACAAGUAUAAACUAUAAAAUUUUCAAAAACUUCAUUUUAUCACCUAUGAUGUAUAUAAUCAGUUUUUUUUGUUUCAAAGCUAUAAAAAUUCUACUCCUUAUUAAAUAUUCAAUUAAUUAGUAUUCAGCCAUUGAGUGUACUUUUCAGGAAAAUAUUUGAUUUUGAUGUCAUAAAACAUAAUCUUAUUACAUUUUGAAUGUAUUUGAUUCGGAGUUGUUUUUGAUAAUAUAUUGUAUAUAAAGUGAAAUCAAAGACCUGUAUAUGGUAUCUUGUAAAUUAAAUUUAGUUAAAAUGGCAUAAAAUACUUUUAUAUGGAAACUUAAUCUAUUAAUAAUGGAACAUAUAUCUAAACAGUUAAUUUACUUUUAUGUACAUAAUAGUUAAUGAUAAGUUUGGGUUGUUGAAACAUCCUGUUACAAUAUGGAGUUUUUGAAAUGUGUUAAAAUACAACUUUAUUAAGAAUCCUUGUAUGACUUAUUUUUUCUUUAAAAAAUACUCCCCCUAUUGAAUUAGUCUCUAAUGAGAAUGAAGAAAAUGUAUGUAUUUAUAAGUAGGGACUGUGUCAAACAAUCUCACCUUACUUUAAAUAUUUUCACUAAUUAUAAUACAAUGCAUAAAAAAUAUAUUAAAGAUACACUUAAAAAUAGUUCAAUACGGUGUUAUGGUGUUAACAUUAAUAAGAUAUUUAUGGGAUUGUUUUUAAGAAUAAUUUAUCAAAAGCUCCAUAUUAAGUUGUAUAUUUUAUAUUUAUUUAAACACAAAAGGAAAUUGAUGCACCGAAACUGUUUCACAUUUUAUUUACAAUCAUUUCAAAGCUAUUCCGUACAUAACGGUAAACAUAUUAACAAUAUAGAAUAGAUCAAAUUUAAUAUAAGUCAUUCAUGUAUACAUGUCAUUUUAAAUUAUAAACACCUAUAAAGUGGUUAAUUAUAUAGCAUUAUUAUAUAGAUAUACAAUUAUUUUUUGUUAAAAAUUUGAAUAAAUCAAAAUAUUUAUUGUUAAUUAUUACUUUAUUAUGUAAUUACUGUAAUGUAAGUGUAAAAAUAUUUAUUUAAUAAAAUGUACAUAAUU